CCUUCGGUGGUGGUGGUGGCUGAUAGAUAAGUGAUGAUUGUCCUGCCGGCGGCGUUGCUCAGUCAGUUUGAGAAUAGCGCGGGACCGAGAAAGGAACCAGGACAGAAAGAAAAGCAGAUCGUGAACAUGUCUUUAUUUGUUCUCAAAACGGAUCCACCCGGGCCCGAAGCCAGGGCCGUGGCCGAGAAGGAACUCAGGGAAACCGAGGAGAAUGUAAAAAAGGGCCUUGAGACCCUAAAGAAGCUCCUCCAAGAGGACAAAACGAUUUAUUAUCCCACCGACGAUGAUUUCCUUAUGAUCUAUCUCCGGCCGUGCAAAUUUUAUCCAGAGAGUGCGUUGGCGCUGAUGAGACGCGUCGCGGACUUCAAAGUGAAGCAGGCAGCCCUGCUGCACAAUCUAUUGCCGAGCGACGAGAAAGAGGCCUUCACCAAGUACAAUGUCGUCAAUGUGUUUACAAACCUAGAUCACAAAAAUCGCAGGGUGAUGGUUGUGAAUGCCGGCAAAACCUGGGAUCCAUCGAAAGUCAACUCCGACCAAAUUUUCCGGCUUUUCUACUUGAUACACCAGCUGGCCCUUCAAGAACCGGAAACGCAGAUAUAUGGUUCCGUGGUCAUAAUGGAUUUUGACGGACUAUCCAUGAAACAAGUCACAGGACUGUCGCCAGCCUGGAGCAUGAGACUCCUUACUUUUAUUCAAGAAGCAAUGCCAAUGCGUUUAAAGGCGGUGCAUUUUGUCAAACAACCGUGGUUGUUUAAUAUGGUGUGGCAAAUGAUUAAACCAUUUGUGAAAGAGAAAUUGAGGACACGCAUGUUCUUCCAUGGCUCCAAGAUGUCUUCCCUCCACACUCACAUCCCACCGAGUCAUUUGCCGAAAAACUAUGAUGGUGAAUUGCCAGAAAUAGAUUAUAGCGGUGCCGAUUGGUAUCCAGUAGCAUUUUCUUACGAAGACAAGAUUAGAGAAUGGAACACUUAUGGACAUCGUAAGAAUGAAUAAGCUUUCAUUAUAAAGAUGUUUGUUGCUAGAUAUUAAAUUUUUUUCUUUAUAAAUUCAAAUAGAUUCCGGACAAUGGACAAUCUAAAAAA